AUGUCAGAUGAAGAAGGUUAUGGAAGUUUACCGUUAAUGUCACCAGAAAUGGCUGUUGAACCCCUAACAGCUACGACUGACAAAUUAGCAGAAAGUACUUGGACAGCGAAAGCAAACUGUCAACAUCUUCACGAUAAUUUAACACAACAUGAAUCUGCUGCUAUUCGUUUGUGUACAAUGGAUACUGUUUUUGAACACCUUCAUAAAAUAUUACGUUCGAGAGUCAGAGCAAAAUCCAAGGGGGAAACAGCUGAAUUUGAUACGUUUUUGAAUUUACUUGAAUUUAACGAACUAAAUUCAGCUGUUUCCCCCUUGGCAAAAUCUCUGACCCCUUGGCUUCCUUAUUUAAAACUACUUUUAACGGCAUUAUGCAAACUACUGCCAGUUAAAAAGACAGUCUGGCGUGGAACCAGCUUGGAUUUAAGUACAUUGUAUAAAUGA